UGGUGUGCAGUCGCGCGACACACGAACACAAAGGUCAGACGGACGAAGACAACAGUGGACAGAACGUCGGACUUGAAGUACGUGGGUUUGAGAAAAAGAGAGGGAGUGAGUAGAGGCACAGUAGUUGGAGUAUAUCAAAGCAGUGACAGAGAGGAAUUGAUAGAAAGAAAGAAAGAGGAAGGCAUGCGCGUCCCGUGGUAGUGGUGCACAAUCUGUCGGUGCGGUGCAGUCUCGUCGGCGGUAAGAGUGAUAGGAUAAAACACAUCGCGGCGUGUGUGCUCGGCUCGGCUCGGCUUGUCUCGACUCGGCUCGCGAUUCCUUCCCGCAUCCGUUAUGACGGUACAGUGAUCCAGCGCUAGGCGCUGCACGUCAGGGCAUCGUCUCUUUUCUCGGCAAGGAGAGAGGGAGAAGGCGAGAAAGAGACCGAGCGAGAAUACGACGACGCGCUAUCCCGCACAACUCGGCGCACCCUUCUCGCGUUCGCAUGGAAAAGGCCAUAGAGUUGACGCGACGACGAUGGAGGCGCGCCGCAGUCCGCGAGUUUGACCGCUAGACGGCCCUCCUCCGGCGUAUUCGAGGAUUUCCCUCGGCUCGGCGCUGGACACAGGGACUUUCCCAGUAGGUGUGUUCGCGCGCGGCCAUGUGCCGCGCCGUCACCGCGCCCGCUCCGCGUGUGUCUCCUCUCUGCGGAUUGUCGUCGUCGACCUCGCGUGUUAUAUCGUCGCCGCAGUCGAUUAAGUGUUUUGUUGCGUAGCCUCCAACGCGUAGAAGUCGGUCGGUCUCGCGGCUGAGUGGUGCCUCUUCGUUUCGGAUGCCUCGUCAGUACAUCUCGUCGACGUCUACGUGUAUAUCGGUGUGUUGGUGCGACGAGUGACAACGAAAAGCAGCCGCGACUUUUUUCCUCUAUCCGCCCUUGUAUUUUUGUCCGGCUCAUAUUAGCGAGUCGUAGAAGUUAGCGCGAGCGAAGAAAGAAGAUAGAAAGAGGGAGAGAGAGGGAAAGAGAAAGAAAGAGGAGGUAGCAGUUGAAAAGAGAGCAAGAACGAGCGAACGAACGAGGGUCGCUAGACGGCAGACUCGGUCGUCGGAGUUUGGUGUCGACGCUUCGCGACUCUCCAGUCAGCAGACGAGAGAGAGAGAGAGAGCGAGCGAACCAGGCGGUGAGAAAGAGAGGGAGAGAAAGAAAGAGAGAGAGAGAGAGAGAGAUAAAGAGAAAGAGACAACGCGAGAGGGAGCGCGAGUGGCGUAUCAAGAUGGCGCAUAAUUUGGCACCGAGCGUCAACUGCUCGCUCGACGACAUUGACCUGAACGCUUUGAAGGAGCCUGCUGGAAUCUUCGAGCUGAUAGAAGUGGUCGGCAAUGGAACAUACGGCCAAGUUUACAAGGGUCGGCACACCAAGACCGGUCAGCUGGCAGCCAUCAAGGUCAUGGACGUCACAGAGGACGAAGAGGAAGAGAUAAAGUUGGAAAUAAAUGUACUCAAGCGGUACUCGAAUCAUAGAAAUAUAGCUACAUAUUACGGUGCCUUCGUGAAGAAGUCAUCACCCGGCAAAGACGAUCAAUUAUGGCUGGUUAUGGAGUACUGCGGAGCUGGCUCCGUUACGGACCUCGUCAAGUCAACUAAGGGCCAGAGUUUGAAGGAGGAAUGGAUAGCCUAUAUCUCGCGAGAAAUACUAAGGGGACUUAGUUAUCUUCAUAGCAAUAAAGUUAUUCACAGGGACAUUAAGGGACAAAACGUCCUAUUGACUGAUAAUGCGGAAGUCAAACUCGUCGAUUUCGGCGUCAGCGCACAAUUGGAUAGAACGAUAGGUAGAAGAAAUACGUUCAUCGGCACACCGUACUGGAUGGCUCCGGAAGUUAUAGCUUGCGAUGAGAAUCCAGACGCGACUUAUGACAAUAGGAGUGACCUUUGGUCGCUCGGAAUUACCGCUUUAGAAAUGGCUGAAUCACAACCUCCGCUCUGCGAUCUUCAUCCUAUGAGAGCUUUGUUUCUGAUUCCUCGUAAUCCACCGCCGAGGCUCAAGUCGAAAAAAUGGGCCAAGAAAUUUCACGGAUUCAUCGAGACAGUGCUGGUGAAGGAUUACCACCAGAGACCCUACACGGAACAGCUUCUCAAACAUCCAUUCAUACGGGACCAACCUACAGAGAGACAAGUCAGAAUACAGCUUAAAGAUCACAUCGAUCGCUGUAAAAAGCGCAAACAGGAGAAAGAAAGAGACGACUAUCGAUACAGCGGUAGUGAAAACGAAGAGGACGAACCCGCAUUGGCGGGCGAGCCGUCGUCCAUCGUUCAAGCACCCGGCGGCGAUACGUUGCGCCGUAACUUUCAGCAGAUUCAGGAGGGCAGGACUCUAACGCAGGAUGUACCUCCUCAAGCGCCCGCCGCUAAAGAAAAACCGGGCAACAGAUCCCAGAGAGAAGUGCCAGAACCUGGGCCGCCUGCGAGACCCGCUAUACCGCACAGACUUAUAGUGGUGCCAGAUCCUCAACCACCGUCUCGUCCAUUACCCCCAACACCCAGAGACGAUCCUCGGCAACCGCACAAAGUAUCCACGCCGCCUUCUAAUCAUCAGACACCUGCCGGAGGAGGAGGAGGAGGUAGCGGAGGAUCUGGUGGGCAACCGGCGCCUCAGAGGAACAGUCAUGUCUUCAAGCCUAUGCUGCCGCCGAGGAGGCCAGAGGACUUGGACAUGCUGGCUGCUCAACUCAACGAGCUUGGUGUGUCACAGGGCCCCGAGGCCCCGCCGAGGCCAAACAGGCAGCAUAAGGGCCCUGCAGCUUCGUCUACAUCGAAUUCGGUGCAGCCCGCAGGUGGUAACGAUCAGAACAACAAACAGAUGCCGCAAUCCUCCAGUAUUCUCGAUCAAGCCCUGUCGAUCGAUAGUGACAGCGACGACGAUCUGGAGGACGCUGGAGGAAACAAUCUGAGAAAUGAUGGUACUUUGCUAGCCAGCGACCCACCGAAACCGCUUCCCGAAUUUUCUCCUUUCAGACCGUCGUCAGACUCUUCAUCGUCGUCUUCGCACAAUGCUCAAAACUCCCAUCACGAAGAUAAACCGAAAGGAGGAGCACCGAAUCGUCCGCUCCCACCAACGCCUGAUGAGGAAGAAUCGGGAGAUCGUACGCUAGUCAUGAAACGAAAACUUAGUCAGAUGUCAGACGAUCGUGCAACGGCUAGCGGCAACCGGCGUUCAGAGAUAGACGAGCAGCUCCUCCUGAAAGAGUGGGAUUUCACCCGCUUCUUUCAGGGUUUUAACGAAAAGUUGGAUAAAAUAAAACAGGAGCAUCCGCAAGAGGAGGUCGGUGCGAGCAAGUCCAGCAACGAGGAUCGCUCCUCUUCGUCUAGCGAAAGAACGUUGAAGCGACAGGAACAGUUAGCCCGACGGAAACACGAGCAACAGCAACAUCAUCAACAACAUCAACAGCAACAACACCAUCAAAAGCAACCGCAACAGCAAUUGAAGCCGAUUCACAGGCGGCAAGAGAGCGACUCGAAAUUGGGCAAUGCCUCGAGCGCGUUCGCGCGCGCUUUUCGCCGCGAGAAUUCGGACUUUUUCCCAUCCGCGAGACACUCGGCGUACCUGCACAAGUCCUCGGAUUCGUCGAGGUCCAGUAUAUUCGCUAGCGGUAAUCGACGCGGCAGCGAGAUAAGCGUCGCCGGUAUUGUCGGUAAGAAGGGCAGCGCUCUAAGUUCUGGCGAGCCGGUGCUGACGGACUUCUCAUUGAGCCGUGACGGCCCGCAGAGGCCCAGGCGAGAAAAGACCGAGAGCGAGAUUGUCUUCGGUAGUAGACACGAGGCGAGGAGGUACGUGGAUUUCGGACGCGAUAAAGACGAGAUCGCAAGAAGACGCAGUUGUAGACCCUCGGACGCCACUACGGCCUCUGCCGUAGUCGACGAUGCGGGAACAAUUAAGUCCACGGCCAGUACGACGGCCAGCGAGUACAGCCCCAUUGUCACCCAGAAUCGCGAGGGUGGCGAUCGUUCAAGAGGCGGAGGUGGAAGUGAUUUCCAGAGAUCCGACUCGUCACCAGGCUCGCGACCUAGUUCGGUCUUACCGGAUCUCCUGACUUCUUCGCCGGGUCAACGACAGGACAAAUCAACCAGUGAGGAGUAUCGACAAGCCGUUAAGUCACCUCCCCCGUUUGCGCUCCAACAGAAGCAGAGGUCUUUCUUGACUUUCGGAUUCGGAGCUGGCCCGGCCAGGAGGGAGUCUCACGUGAACGUUAACGUGACUCCGACCAGCCACGAUUUAGCCUCAGACACACCCGAGAUACGCAAGUACAAGAAGCGUUUUAACAGCGAGAUUCUCUGCGCCGCGUUAUGGGGAGUCAACCUGUUAAUCGGGACCGAGAACGGUUUGAUGUUGUUGGACAGGAGCGGACAGGGUAAGGUUUACCAAUUGAUCAGCAGAAGACGUUUCCAACAAAUGGAGGUACUCGAGGGUCAGAACAUUUUGGUGACGAUCAGCGGUAAGAAAAACCGGGUACGCGUUUACUACCUUUCCUGGUUGAAGAGCAAGAUCCUGCGUACGGAUGGUCAUAGCGAUCAAGUUGAACGACGCAACGGCUGGAUUAACGUGGGCGAUCUGCAAGGCGCUGUGCAUUUUAAGAUAGUGAAAUACGAGAGGAUAAAGUUCCUCGUGAUCGCGCUGAAAGAUUCGAUUGAGAUUUACGCGUGGGCGCCGAAGCCGUAUCACAAAUUUAUGGCUUUCAAGUCUUUCGGCGAGCUCGCGCACAGGCCGCUCUUGGUCGAUCUUACGGUCGAGGAGGGUACAAGGUUAAAGGUGAUUUACGGUAGCGCGGACGGCUUUCACGCGGUCGACCUGGACUCGGCCACGGUUUACGACAUAUAUCUGCCGAAACAUACUCAAGGUCCCAUUUGCCCGCACUGUAUAGUGGCGUUACCGAACAGCAACGGUAUGCAGUUGCUGCUCUGUUACGAUAACGAAGGCGUAUACGUAAAUACAUACGGUAGAGUCUCGAAGACGAUGGUUCUUCAAUGGGGCGAGAUGCCUACGAGCGUCGCAUAUAUCGGUACGGGACAAAUUAUGGGCUGGGGUAAUAAAGCGAUCGAGAUCAGAAGCGUGGAGAGUGGCCAUCUCGAUGGUGUCUUCAUGCACAAGAAGGCUCAACGGCUCAAGUUCCUCUGCGAACGUAACGAUAAGGUAUUCUUCUCGUCGGCGAAGGGCGGUAGUUCGUGCCAGAUUUAUUUCAUGACCCUAAACAAACCCGGCAUGGCCAACUGGUGAUCCCGAAUGAGGCCGAAUUUGGCCCCACCACGAUUACCUACGCGAACACAACUGUCGCAUCACAACCCUCCUCGUGUAUCGGGAUACACAGCGUCAGCGCGCACACUCACGGCUCGCUCUUCACUGCCUGGACCGAACGCCUUGGAGAUCAGGAAGUGCAUGCACCGUAGCCAACAUCCUUAUCAAUAUCAUCAACAACAACAGCAGCAACAGUAUCAUCAUUAUCAACAUCAGCAGCAGCAACAGCAUCAAUAUCGUCAACAUCGUUAUCAUUAUUCACGUAAUCUUCCGUAUAAUUACGACUACGAGGAAGACGAAGAGUAUGACGACAGGUUCCAACGGUACUCUCGGCUGCCUCUGCGAAGCGCACCUGGGACGUUAACGUUCGUGAAUCUACUCGUCAAGAGAUUUCUCUGUAUUCUCACAUGUUCGCCCUGCGGACUGCGCAGUGCGGCCUAAACGUGCUGAAACGCAGAGCGGAUUUACCCUAAGAGAAGUGCGCACGGCGAAUUUACAUUGCACGCUGGUAAAUCGUAUUACAAAAGUAUUCUCUAUAUAUGUAUUAUUUCUCUCUCUUCAUUUUUUAAUAUAAAUUUACCGCUUUAAUUAUACUCUACACUCUAUCGAUAAGUCUGUACUUGUUUAGCAUGUACACGCAAACUCUUAAUUCUCGAAGAAACUUUAAUGUUACGACGGAACAAAGUGUAUUUUACUGCGUCUUGAUCGACUAGGUAAUUACAUAAGAGUGUUUUAUACGGUGAAUAAUUUAGAAACGACGUAAUAAAGCAUAAACUUUAUUUGUGCUGAUCUUUCUAGUAUGCGAGACUGUAGGAGGUAGUCGUAAGGACAGCGCUGAUUACCAGCGACGCGGAGCCGCUCGAUCGUAACGAUUAUUUUCAGUGUAAGGAGAUUCGUGCAAUAUUCGGCAAAUCGGCCUUACAAGAGGUAGAUCUCCGAGAGAGAUAGAGAGAUUUCCUUUGCCUUAAAAGAGGCAAGAGAAUCCUCCGAUAAUCGAAUCGUGUGUGUCGUCGAAAAGGAUCACGAAAAAUGAAAGAACAGAAAAUGCCUCGCGUGCUGUUCGCGCUCCUGAUCCUUUUCCGGCGACAUAGUUCGUUAACUUUUUCAGUAGAAGAAAGGGUGUUCUGCUGCGGUCUCUCGAUCCUAGUACUCGGUACUAGUGACAAGUAGCGACGAUUUUAGUGAGAAUGAAAAAAGGAAAAGAGGAAUACGUAACAAGGUAAACGAACGUGUCACGCGACAGGCCGAGGCACCACACCGAUAAGACACGCAGAAGACACAUCGUGACGCACGACGCACGCGAUAUCAUGAUAAAAUUUACUAUUAAGCGAGAAUAAUUACUAAUGUUAAUUAAUUGUAUAGUUAUAGCAGAUGGAGGAUUCUUUCCGCCGUGGCUCGCGCGGGCGGCAGGUGCGAAAGCGAUGACUACAAUGAACGACGACGGCGCGACGACGAUGCGAGUCAAAGUUGACGCGGUAGUAGAAGAAGCAUUGUGGAUGAGUCGCAUUUUUACAGAAAAAGAAAAUAGAUUAUAUAUACCGUAGAAAUUUCGUGAGACGUGCACGGUGUGACGAGACUACGAAUAGCUAGAAGUUUCUGUUCACUUCACGGUAUAUUCGAGUAAACUCUUCUUUACGUUUGAUACACGCGUCCCUGUAUUAACGUAUACAAAAAAAGAAGGAAAAAUCACGCGCGAGGUACGCACGCGCGUAGUUUCAUCGUGACGAACAACGUGGGCAAGAUGAUAGUCUUCGGCUUUUGUAAGAAAUUUGUAACUUAGCGAGACGACGCGCACUAUGAGAGAGGGAGCGUUCUGGCCCUUCCGUUUGCCUGCUUGUUCCCUCGCAACGGCGAAUCGCGCGCGCGUUGCUGCCAAUUCUGCUUCGAAGCGUUAUUAUGGUCUGAUCUCAUAAUCUUAAAGGUACUCCACGGUUGAAAGGGAAUCCUUGAUAAUCGUCGGCGUUGCAUGGCGAUUUUAUCGAUGUCGGAUUAUCCUUAAGCGGGCUUACGGCGUUAAUAGCAGACGAGAGGCGGAAAGACGGGGCUCCGAGGAAGAUGCAGAGAGAGAGAGAGAGAGAGACUUAGAGUAAAUUACAAGUUAUAUUUAGCUCUUCGUUCAUGUUGUUCGAUAUCAGAGUUAUUGAACGUAAACGCAAUUAGCGUUAUUAUACAUAUAUGUUGCAGCAAGGAGUGUCUUUUUCAUCGAUACGAGCCGCGUUAGAGAGAGCGAACGCGAGAGAUCUGACGGAAAUACAUUUAAUUAACGUUACCAACGUGACGCACGGCGGAAACCAAGCGCGACAGGAGAAUUAAAACUUAACUGAAUAAGUCGAGAGCUAACCGCGAUCACUCAUACAACUUCAGAGAUUCGGACGAAAAUGAGACAAUUGGCACAGUAGCGAGGAUAUAACAAAUUUGCGGUAAGCGAUAUCCAGAAAAUUUCUUCUCUUUUCUACCGUUUUUCUUCAGCGAUGUUGUGAGAUGGACAUAUCUUUGCUCGUCGCGUUAUUUCGAUCGUGUCGGAUCGACCGACUUUUACAUUCAACUGAAGUCGCGCUCUUUUAACGAAUCGCGGACGUUAUUAUACGGCGUGUUAUCUCGAGAUACGUUGGCUAUUGGCGAGAUACGAGACGCCGGACGGAACGAUUUUCGGAACAAAGUCGCGAGCGGGUAUUGUACACACUCAUUUAUUUAUUUGUAAAUAAAUAAAUACAUGACGUGCUACGCGAAACACGCACACGCGCGGACACACUUUUUACUUCGUCGAUAGCGAUCUUACGACGCAUAUGACCACUGCCACGUUGCGAUCGGGAAAAACACUUCGUGUAACGUUAUUCUACGACCGUCUAGGAUCGUGAUCCGUGCGGCUAUACGACAAGCAGAGUUGUCAAGCUUCUCGGUUGGUGGCGUAUCGAUAGAUUACGCUCGCGCGGUGAGGCAUUUUUUAUAUCAUUAUUAACGAGGAGGCAUACAGGAAGGGGCGGAGCUUCGCGUAGUGCAAUGAAAGACUGCUUUUUAAAUGAGGAGAAAAAGCUUUUUAUCGCGCGAGGUCGGAGAACGAAUGAGACAAAUUGAACGAAAGAGGAGAGAGAGAGAGAGAGAGAGUACAUAGAGAGAACGAGAGUGCGAGCGAGCGAGAGAGCGAGUGAGAGAGUGAGAGUGAGAGAGAGAGAGAGAGAGAGAGAGAGAGAGAAAAAGUAAAUGUAGUGAGAGAUCGUUUAGCGAGCGACAAGUGUUUUCUGGCAAAAUACUGCAUCUUCGGGUGCUUAUUUACGAUUAACAGGAAUUUGGAUAAACGUUAUAACGGUAACAUGAAUUAUCACGUAACUCUAGACCUGCGAACUAAUUUUGUACGAGGAAACCACUUCCCUUUCCUUUCACACUCGCCGCCGCUUCUCCCUCCUCUCGAUCACGAGAGAAUUUCCGAACCGGUAUUCGUCUCCCUCCGUAUCUUUUCUCUCAUAUGUUGUUUCCCAAAGAUGGUAGUGAUGAAUGUUUCUUUUUUUUUCUUUUUUAAUAGUACACGUUAAGUAUCUCUCAAGUAAUAAUAAUGACGAUUAUUAUUACUGCAGUUUAUAAUUGAUUGUGUAUUAUUAUUACGAUUCUUAUUCUCCCGUUCUUAUAUGAGCGCGCGUUUUGCGAAUCGUCAGGCGCGGCGUAAUGUGCAUUAUGCGGCUAUUAUGACGAUUAUUAUUUUUAUUAUUAUUACUAUUCAUACGCUAUAUUGCUAAAGAUCAAAUAUACGGACAUUCGUAAUUUCA